GGGACGGAAUAGGAGGCAACAUCCUGUAGAGGAAGUGGCGUCCUUUUCGAGGAGCAACUAUAAGUAGCUGGGGCAAAGGAGGAGAAAUAUUACAUGAAAGGGAAUUGGGUUCUUCGUUGAAUAUGUGAUUCGGUGCAAUGCGAUUCUUGUGGUGUAAUUAACAUUCUACUGUGGUUGUUUGAACAAAAUAUGUAUUGAGAGCAGUGCAGCCCUGCCGACGGCGCAAUGUCGGGCAUAAACUGACAUCACCUCGCAUUCCGGUGACUCAUUCUUGUCAAACCAACUUCAUCAUCAUCAUACAAGUCCAAAACAGCCUUCCGCGUGGGGCUUCACCGGGCGCGGCGGAAUGUCUCUCUCGCGCGUCUGCUUCGUGCUGCUGGUCGCGUCGCACUCAGCCGCUGAGGCAGCGGGCUGGGCCAAGACGCCCGAGGGCCUGGCGGCGGGCGUGGUCAUGGGCGUGGCGAAAGGGCCGAGGCAGACUGAAGGAGACGCCCCUUGGCCUGCCAGCAAGGCGAACCAAGAGGAGAAGCGCUUUGCAAGAGGGAGCCACUCCUUCCGGGACAAACGGCAGGCGUCCCGCAGGAGGCCUAGGCCAUGCUGUGGGAGCGUGACCCCGCAGAAGGAAUCGGUGCCAACCCGAACCUGCUGA